AUUAAAACUUUUUGACAGCACGACCGUCAGGCCGAAGUUGAAGAUUGUUCUCGACUUUUUGAAAAUGUUUUUGUACUAUUUUCAUCCACUAUGCUGUAAAUAAAAUUACCUGUGUAAAGUUGCUGGCUUAGGAUAAUUUUAUUCCCAACUACCUCUCAAUCAGACUGAUCUCGAGCGGAUGUAGAGGUUAUACAUAAGUUGUAAAAUUUAAAAGUCAUUGAAAAAUAAUAGCAGUAAAAUGUUUUGUUGGGGUAAUGCGACUCAUCACGAAUUAUGCAUAGAAGGACCAGAUACUCUUGAUUUGGUAAUAAGACCAACACUUUCAAAAUGGCGCGAGAGCAAUCAUUUAAAAUCAGUAGCCGCUGGAGAAUUCCAUUCACUGUACCUCACAAACAGUGGCCACCUGUAUUCAUGUGGUAACAAUGAUGUUGGACAGUUGGGACGCAACACAGAUCACAAAGAAGGAAAGACUCCAGCACUAGUUGAAACAUUCAAAGACUGUACAAUAUCAUCAGUUGAUUGUGGUAUGCAGCAUUCCGUUGCCCUGGACGAAUGGGGCCAGCUUUUCAGUUGGGGCUCCGACAGUAUGGGCCAGCUUGGCAGUAAUCUUGGUACACAUGCCCAGGACAAGCCCAAGUUUGUAAAAGGCCUGGCAACGAAGAAUGUAAUACAAGUAGCGUGUGGCGCAUACCAUUCAAUAGCGUUGACUAAUAAUGGCGACCUUUACUCUUGGGGUGCAAACAGUUAUGGCCAGUGUGGUCUUGGCACGAUGUCGAACAAAGAAAUGAUUCCGCAACCAAUCACCUCGCUACUCGGUGUUCCUAUAGCGCUGAUCGCUUGCGGCAGCAACCACACAUUUGCCUUAUCUAAAUCUGGUGCCGUAUUUGGUUGGGGCAAAAAUACUCACGGCCAGCUGGGUCUUCAAGACAGAGAAAACAAGUGCUACCCAUCACAUCUAAAAGUUUUAAGAAAUGUUAAGGUAUGUCACAUAGCAUGUGGCGAAGACUUCACAGUGUUCCUCACGUUGGACGGCGGCGUGUUCACGUGCGGGACGAGCGAGUACGGCCAGACCGGCCAUGGCACCACCAAGGACGAACUCGUGCCUAGAAAGAUAAUGGAGCUAAUGGGUAGCACAGUGACGCAGGUGGCGUGCGGGCGGCGCCACGUGCUGUGCCGCGUGGGGGAGCGCAUCCUGGCGUGCGGCUACGGCGCGCGCGGCCAGCUGGGCUGCCCGCACAUGGCCUUCGCGCUCGUGCCCACGCCCGUGCCCUUCGCGCCCAGCGACGAGUCGCCGACUGAAAUCGCUGGCCAGAGUAAGCUUAAGAAGAAAGCGAAAGUCGAAGGCGCGAUGUCAAUUCCACGCAAUAGCAGCGCGGGCGGUUCCAAACUAAAUUUUACACAAGAGAUCUUCAAAGGGCCGAUCAAGGUGUUCGCGGGCGGCGACCACAGUUUCCUUAUAAUCGACCAUGACAGGUCCGGACCUAUUGACUUCCGGACCGCGGACCAUAGGAAACAAAUCCUCACGCUGACUAUACCGAAGUUAGCUGCCUGCGAAGUGUUUAAAGACAGCGAUGUUGUUAAUCAGGACCUACUGGCGUACCUAGAGACGGUGUUCGGUUCUCUGGCGUGUUUGAACAGUUCGUUCCUAGCGCCGAACAACGCCCACUUCGGGUGCAACACGAAGGUGCCCGGCGUCGACCUCAGGAAAGCGGAGGAGGCCUUCACGUUAGUUAGCAGAUUUGAAAAUACUACAAUCAAAGAACUUAUUUUUAAUCAUUUGACAGAAAACAUUAUAAUGAAGAUGAAAGUGUCGCCGCCCGACGCAGAAGCGCUCAGAAUGUUUUUAAUCUUGCCAUUGUACCACGAGAUGCGGAAUCCACGUCGACAUGCUGAAUUACAGGGUCCAUUCGCGGAAGCGUUCAACAACCUGUCAACGCACCCACAGAGGAUAGUGAACCUUUGGUGGGAGGCGCAAACCCCAGAAUACUUUGAAAUGCUCGUAGACAUAUUCAAAAGUGUUAUCGUGUAUGAACUUAUGCAGCCUACAGUACGCGCUAAUAAGAAAAUAUACUUCACACAUAGCAUUAUACAAAUCCUAAACGCUUUAUCGUCACUGAACAAAAUAAACUUUACGAAUCCAAAGAACCCGAAAAUACCAGCGGAAUGUUUUUACAUAGAGGACUUGUGUGACCACGUAGACAUCGCUACCGAUUAUAUCAACUGGCUUUCAGAUCAUGCGUCGGCACACCCGCACAUGUGUAACUACGCCUUCCUUUUCGACGUCCAAUGCAAAUCGUUACUCCUCAAAAUAGAUCAACAGUUACAAAUGCAGAUAGCUAUAAGCAGAGCUGCGACACAGAUAUUCACAAGGUUGUUCAUGGACCCCACGUAUGAAUACCAGAGAGACCAGUUCCUCAACCUUACUGUUUCGAGAAAUCAUAUUGUUAGAGAUACGAUGACGCAGAUCAGUAAUCAUGAGACGUCGCAGUUGAAGAAGCCGCUUAGAGUAGAAUUCGUAGGCGAGGAAGCAGAGGACGCGGGCGGCGUUAAGAAGGAGUUCUUCUUACUACUGCUGAAGGAGAUCUUUGACCCCGUGUACGGCAUGUUCAAGCAGUCAGAGGAAACUAACAUGAUAUGGUUCUCGAACAACCCCUUCGAGGAUGACGUCAUGUAUUACCUGAUUGGUGCCAUUUAUGGUCUUGCUAUAUACAAUUCGAUUAUAAUCUACGUUCCGUUUCCUUUGGUUUUAUACAAGAAGUUAUUGGAGGAGGCAGUUAUGUUGGAUGACCUCUCUGACUUGUAUCCAACGCUCGCUAAUAGUCUGAAAAGCUUGUUGGAGUAUCCCGAUGAAGAUGUUGAAGACGUAUUCAGCUUAUGUUUCGCUGUGAACACGGAAGUGUUCGGUCAGAUUCACGUACACCCGCUGAAGGAGAACGGCGAGAACCUGCCCGUGACGCACGAGAACAAGCAGGAGUACGUCGAGCUGUACGUCGACUUCCUGCUCAACAAGUCCGUCGAGAACCAGUUUAAGGCCUUUAAUCAAGGGUUUCAGAAGGUUUGUGGCGGCAGAAUAAUAAAACUAUUUAGAUCUCAUGAAAUGAUGUCAGUUGUGAUGGGCAAUGAGGAGUACGACUGGGAAGUGUUCGAGAGCAAUUGUGAAUAUAAAAACGGUUAUACAGCGGGUGAUCCACAGAUCAGAUGGUUCUGGGAAACGUUUCACGAGCUGCCGCUUGAAGACAAGAAAAAAUUCCUUUUAUUUUUGACUGGCAGCGACCGUGUACCGAUACAGGGAAUGAGGGAUAUUAAAAUAAGAAUCCAGGCCGUAGCAGACGACAGGUACUUCCCGGUAGCCCACACGUGCUUCAACCUGCUGGACCUGCCGCGCUACAAGACCAAGGAGCGGCUCAAGUACCACCUGCUGCAGGCCAUCCAGCAGACGCAAGGCUUCUCCCUCGUAUGAGGCUCGCGCCGCUCCACGCGACACGCUUGUCUACAUGCGUACUGCUCACUGUCGGGGGGAACUCCCAGCGGACUGGGCCAGCAAUUAUUACCCGUACUUCGAACUCAGAGCCAGGAACAUUGUUUAAUAGGUAAAUCUUCUAGUGUGGUUGACAUAAUCGGGCAAGCUAAGCUUUGUCAUUUCCGUCGAGAUUCCAGUCUGAUAGUGAGAUAUCUGUUUUUUUUAUCGCUUUUUACGAUAAAUUCCAAGUACACGCGGAAUCGAUGCCUUGUUCUCGCUGAAGUCCAUUAGCGUAAUGUUUUAAUUAAUGAUUGUUGAAUAUCUUUUUGCAUUAUUUAUAAUCAGGAUAGUCCUAACACCCGAAUGUUCGUCAGAUAAAUUGAUAUAGUGAUUUGCUAGUAUACUCUUGGUGCCUUUCCAGACUAUCAAUAAUCCUGUUAUUUAUAUAUUGUUCUAGUGUAAUAAAUCAGUUACUUUACGCAAGUUUUUUUAUAUAAUUUAACGUUUUAUUUAUUGAAUCCAUGAAUACAUUGUUUAAUGUUUGCAUUUAUGUUCACUAUUUAAAGCAUAAUAAUGUGAUAAAUGUAACUUAUAUAUUUUUAAAGAAAUAAUUCUAUUAGAUGAAAGGGGGGAAAUAAUAUUUUAAGAAUUCAUUUCAUUAAUAUAAAUCUAGGGUUGUCUGCCAUGUUCAUUUUAUGAACAGUUUAAUUGACAACCGAAACCAGUAAUGUUGAAAGGUCAUAAAGCAGAUUCGCUUAUGUUAUGUUCUUCCGACAUUCUAUAAUGAGCCGACACCUGUGUCCGUAUGGUGUGUAGUGAAUAAGAAGUGGCUGGGCUAGGUCCUCACGACCCGUCGCCGCCGGAUCGCCUAGCAGCCGAGCUCAAUAUUGUUAUUGUUGGUUAUUAUAGAUGCGCGGCCGCGGACAGCAGCCGUAACGGUUUGUACAUACAACGGCUUCCUAUGUGAUAUUAAGAUAUUACCAUUCAUUACAUUCGGCGACAAUACUACUGCUUUUUGUAAUUGUUACUCUGAUUUGUUAUAAAUUGUACAUGUUGUACAUAUUUGUAUUGUACGUAGCUUGGCUAGAUUGCUGUUAUUGUUUUGAAGCAUUUAUGAGUGCACCUCACUAGGUACUCGGCGUGGUUUGUACACGAUGUAUGUAAUGUAUGAUAAUAUAAUAUUUUCAUACACAAA